UGAAUCAAAAGGCUAUGGCUUACCAUUGUCAACCAAUUUGGUCAUGGUUUACCUUGAUUGACAUUCCAUCUUGCAAGCCUCGCUCUUUCGAAGAGUUCCACAAGUUCACUCCAUUGAUAUUGAUCAGGGAUUCUUUGAGGCUCACAACGGGGCAGUUGCUCUCUCGGAAUACAUACGCCUUCAGGCCCCCAUCUUUGAAGCUCAAUGAGCCUCCUGCCGCCAUUGACUGUCCUCAAGCAACUUGGUGCCCACAGUGUUAGAGAGUUAGAGAUCGCUUACAUUCAACCGAACCACAAACUGCUUCACACUCGUCAAACGAACCCAGCUUCACAAUCGCAUCACAAUUCCCAAUCGAGUCCUCUAGCUACUAGUAGAGCCAGAAACGCGAACACGCGGAGCGACCAAGCACACUGGGAGCAAAGCAGCCAUCAUAAUAUCAAGCUAGCUAGCUAGUAUACGCUCCAUGACGGAUUGCACUUUCAACCCGCCCGAGCCCAGUAGAGCCCACGACUUUGGUGUCAUGGUGGCUUCGUCCGAGACCAGCAGUAUCGGUUCCUCCUCCACCUGCAACAAGAACCACCAACACGAUGCCAUUGACGCCGCUGAGAAGGGUCUCGACCAUGACAGCCCUUCUCGUUCUCGUGUGAUGGAAAAGCCACAGGCGACAAGCUGUGACUCGUGCACCAGUAGUGCGGAAACAAGGUCGUCAACAACAGAGAUUAGCACCAACUAUCAUCAGACGGGUGAGAAUCAUGAUAUUUUCCCUAUAUUGCUAGAAGAAUCUUCGAAUGGAGAUGAUGGCAGCCCUGAUGCUGACAUGGAAGAUGGCAACAGCAACAACAACAACAAACCCACCAACGAUUCUGCCCAGAGUGCAUCUGGCUCUGGGGCUGCUGCUGCUGCUGCUGCUGUGGCGCAAACCGAGACAAAGGCGGUUUCUCACCUGAGGAUUUUUCUGCUGGUCUUCUUGGCACUAUCGGCAUUGGGAGUUGCCCUGGCUGUUUAUGUCUUUACUACGCAUAUUGAACACGAACAACUGAAGCAAGUCUUUGAUGACCAUGCCGCCACAGUCAUGGGCGCAUUGGGUGGCUCCUUGGAGUUGACUUUGGGUGCACUGGAUACAUAUGCCAUUGGUUUGGUUUCAUUCGCCAAGUUCACAGGGGCAGAAUGGCCUUUUGUGACGUUGCCCAACAUGGCGGUAAGGCUGGCCAAGCUAAGGACUCUUUCCAAGUCCAUGGCCAUCCGGCAUUACCAUAUUGUACACGACCAGGAGCAGCGUUUGAAAUGGGAAAACUACAGCAUCCACCAUGAUGAUUGGGUUCUAGAUGCGAUGCAUGCGCAGCGUCAAGAUCGGAACUAUCAUGGUUCAAACUACGAAAGCUACUUUGCCAAAGGGAGCCUCUACAAUAACAUGGGUGAAAAUCGCAGUUACGACGAGGAGGGACCCUUCUUACCGACUUGGCAAAACUACCCGGUGCUUCCAGCGUGGCCACCGUACAAUUGGGAUGGAGCCAUUUAUCCUGAAUUGGUCGAAGCCCUACCCGAGUUGCUUUCGAUGCACGUCGUUCUGUCGCAUGUGACGAACCUGCCCAAGGAUCCCACAAACCAAGAGCAAGUGGCUGUGGCGGAGGGCCAUAACCAAUGGGCCAAAGAGUACUUGUCGCCUGAAGAAGAUUCUUCAGAACCCUUUGGGGACCUUUUUUACCCCAUCAUGGACUGUGCUUCGGAUGUGCUGUCCAUGACCCUGUCUCAUUCCACGAAACACUUGAGCAAUGAGGAUCAUGUGCAUAUUCGUCAAAGUCACGACGACCAUGAAAUGGAUAUAAAGACGAUCCUAGAACAUCGUCAGAACGAUGGAGGUGACAACUGCUCUCUGGUGGGAGUUCUAGGAGUUACCAAGUAUUGGCGGGACUAUCUCAAUGACAUCUUGCCUCCUGGAACCAAGGGUUUGGUUGCAGUAUUCGAGUCGACAUGUGGCCGGGCGUUCACCUAUCAGAUAAACGGUCCUGACACCGAGUAUCUAGGACCGGGAACCUUGCAUGACACUCGUUUUGACACCCUGAAACGAACUGCUUGGCUGCACAACCUUGACGCCUUCUCUUCUCGUGACCGCGACUACACUGGCUUGCCAUUGGGCAGUGACACUUGCUCCUACAAGAUAUCUUUGUAUCCCUCCGAGGAAAUGCUGAGAAGCCACACGACGAGUAAUCCUGUUGCGUUCACAGUCGUUGCCGUGGCGAUCUUUGCUUUCACUUCCUGCAUUUUCCUUUUGUACGAUCGAUAUUCUGAGCGCCGUCAAACUUUGGUAAUGGAAACGGCCGUUCAAUCCAAUGCCAAUGUUUGCAUCUUGGAAGAAAAGGUUCGGGAGAGGACCAAGAAAUUGGAAGACUCAAACCUACUACUUCACAAAGCCAACGAACAGGUGACGUUGGCUUCUGCAAGGCAACUGCAGCAUUUUGCUUCAAUGUCCCAUGAGAUCCGAACCCCACUCAACGGCAUAAUCGGUCUUGCCAGUCUGUUGCAAGAGAGCAAGCUUGACAGCAAACAAGAAGAAUCCAUGAGGAUGAUUGUCACCAGCGGAACGUUGCUAAAAGCCGUGGUUGACGACGUUCUGGACUACUCAAAGCUGGCCGCUGGCAAGGUCGUCAUCGAGGUAGAACAGUGCCAGCUACAAGAUACCCUAAACGCAGUGGUUCGCUCUAUUGAGACAAACGCCACCUCCAAACGAAUCACUCUCGAAACCUACUACGAUGCAACAAUCGGGGAGAUCUUCCAGACAGAUAGUCGUCGCCUUCUUCAGAUCCUCUAUAAUCUCCUCGGCAAUGCGUCGAAGUUUGGUGCUGACGGUGGCAUUGUGGAACUUCGAGUGCACCACUAUCUUGCGCAGCUUCCAAGUGCAGACAUCGGAAAAUGCCCUGAAACCAGCGACACCAAAUUGGAGGGCAUGCAGAAAGCUCCGGAGCAAAGAAUGCUCCGCUUUGUGGUAAAAGACUAUGGAAAAGGAAUACAUGAAAAGGACUAUGAAAAGAUAUUCCAACCAUUCUUGCAGGCUAGCAGCGAGACCGAACGACUGUAUGGGGGCUCGGGCCUCGGCCUUGCCAUCACAGGAAAGCUUGUCAAGGCCCUGGGUGGUAGAAUAUCCGUUAAAAGUGAGGUGGGGAAAUGGACGGAAAUGUUUGUGGACUUUCCUCUUUGUGAUCACACGGCUCCAUCAGCAGAUGUUGCGGGACUAUCCUCCAGACUCCAAGGCUCUACCAUGUAUAUCGUUGGUGACGUCAAAUCCAGGGAUGUUAUCGAAACGAAGCGGUUCAUGCAGAUUUACUCAGUAGAUGCGCAAGUUUUUGAUACCAUGAAAGACGCCAUACCCCCGCAAGAUCAAGAAGUGGACACAAAACGCGCCCAUGUGUUCCUUGUUCAGGAGGACCGCUACGACGAAGACGUGUUCCGUCGCUGGUCGAAGUUCGCCAAAACGGUGCUUCUCACCUUUGGACACAAAUUCGGAGUCAAGGGAUCGGACGGUCAUUACAGGUCCCUGACGCAACUGCUACCAUGCGUAUUGAUUAAGGAUAUCGGGGACCAUGUUACAAGAGCUAGUCAAACGCAAAAUCCCGCCAGGACUGCUGGUACAAGCACCAAGUCAACCUCGGACGAAGAGAAGGAACCAUCGUACAAGAACUACAAGAUUUUGGUUGCCGAAGACAACCUGGUGAACCAGAAAGUAGUCGUUCGAAUCUUAAAGAAACUGGGGAUCCUUGAUGUACAGGUAGUUGACAACGGGAAGAAAGCUGUUGACCAAGAAGCAGAGGGGUCCUUUGAUGUGAUCCUGAUGGAUAUGCAGAUGCCAGUGAUGGAUGGUAUUGAUGCAUGCCGCUAUAUAAUCGAGCGUCAAAAACGCGAGAAUGACAGGCAAGGGGCCAAGGUAAUCUUCGUGACAGCCCACGCUCUUGACCACUUCAAAGAAAAGUGCCAAGAAGCAGGUGGUUCUGGAUUCUUGUCAAAGCCGUUUCGUUUACAGGAUGUGGAGAGUUGUUUCCAAAAAAUUCAGGCAAUGAUAGAUGCUAAUCAAUCAUACCACGAGGGUCUGUGGUGAUCCGUGCAGGCACAGAUAGUCGCAAACGCAAAGUCGACAUUGCAGUGUCUUGCGACGCUCCAAGAAGCACGCAGAGACCCAUACGAUUGUGGAGCGGCGCAAAUCAAAUAAAUCAAGAUAUCAGUGUUGGCUUGAUUCUCCGCCGUUGUUUUUUCCUGUUGGCUCUCCUACUGUAGUCCAGCCGCAGGACUCGACUCCCUCCAGGCCUAUUCUGACGCUCGAAGAGACACGUUCACAGAAAACUCCGCUCCUGCUUCAUUAAUUAAGAUUUAAGUCAGCGGGAGCUGCGAUACCUCGGCAGAAAGACAGAUAGAAGAAGGAUGACAUGUUUGAGAUUGCACCCUUCUUUGAAGGUAGACCUGGCGACAACACCCGACUUCGUCAAGUGUUGCCGCCCGGUAUCAUUCCCUCAUUAUAACCUUCGUUUUUAUUUAAGCUAGCCCUGGCGACAACACCCGACUUCG